AUGUCUGCUCAUCAAAUUCCAAAAACCCAAAAAGCUGCUGUCUUCUACGAGAACAACGGCCCUGUGGAAUACAAGGAGAUUGACGUUCCAACUCCUAAGGCCAACGAGUUGUUGAUCAACAUCAAGUACUCCGGUGUGUGCCACACUGAUUUGCACGCAUGGAAGGGUGACUGGCCCUUGGCCGUCAAGUUGCCCCUUGUUGGUGGCCACGAGGGUGCCGGUGUCGUUGUUGGCAUGGGCGAAAACGUGAAAAACUGGAAGAUCGGCGACUACGCCGGUGUCAAGUGGUUGAACGGCUCCUGCAUGUCGUGUGAAUCGUGCGAGUUGGGUAACGAGUCCAACUGUGCCGACGCCGACUUGUCUGGUUACACCCACGACGGCUCCUUCCAACAAUACUGUACCGCCGACGCUGUGCAAGCCGCCAAGAUCCCUCAAGGUACUGACUUGGCCGAAGUUGCCCCAAUCUUGUGUGCCGGUGUCACCGUUUACAAGGCUCUAAAGUCUGCCCGUCUGCAAGCCGGUGACUGGGUCGCCAUCUCUGGUGCCUGCGGUGGUCUUGGUUCCUUGGCCAUCCAAUACGCCAAGGCCAUGGGUUACCGUGUCUUGGGUAUCGACGGUGGUGACGGAAAAGAAGAGCUUUUCAGACAAUUGGGUGGUGAGGUUUUCAUCGACUUCCGCACCUCCAAGAACAUUGUCGAAGACGUUGUCAAGGUCACCAACGGUGGUGCCCACGGUGUCAUUAAUGUUUCUGUUUCCGAAGGCGCCAUCGGUGCGUCUACCGAAUACGUCAGAGCCAACGGUACCGUCGUUCUAGUCGGUCUACCAGCUGGCGCCAAGUGCAAGUCUGACGUUUUCAACCAAGUUGUCAAAUCUACUUCCAUUACCGGUUCCUACGUUGGUAACAGAGCUGACACAAGAGAAGCCUUGGACUUCUUCGCCCGUGGCUUGGUCAAGUCUCCAAUCAAGCUUUGUGGUUUGUCUGAAUUGCCAGAAGUGUACGAAAAGAUGGAAAAGGGUCUAAUCGUCGGUAGAUACGUUGUUGACACCUCCAAAUAA